UGCAUGUGUACAGACUGUAAAGCCCUCUGAGGCAAAUUUGCGAUUUUGGGCUAUACAAAAUAAAAUAAAUUGAAUUGAAUUGAACCUCGAAGUUCUCUCCCUGUGUAUUUUGACUCUUUUCACUGUCUGCCACUGAAGCAAUUUUAUCUCUAAAUCAAUUGAAUUGGGGAAGAGGAUCCAGAAUGGGUAACGCGGCACCUUAAGGCUGUCGUUAAACUUUGAUGAGCAUCUGCCAGGAAUUUUCAACGACAGUAGUUAUAUCUUUAGCGGACCAAAUGGGGACAAGUCUGCCCUCCUCCUCCUCCUCCUCCUCAGAGGAGCAGUUGAAACAGGAGGAGAAAAUGGUAAGUGCUAAGCCGUUGUUUGUGUACUUGUUGGUGCUGCGUUCUAGAAGUACCCUCUAAGCCGUUCAUUAAGGGAGCUUUUCUUCCAAGUGGGAAAUGUGCCUGAUGUGGUUGUCUCUUGUUCUCCCUUGUGCCUGGCAGUGAGUCAUGCUUUGGUGCCAACGCGGUGUUCUCCUGGUGCUCUGUCCUCUAGCCUGCCUCGCAGCACUUCCCUGUCCUCCUGGCUGCUGCUGUCCUCGCCCAGGAUUCCUGGUUCUGUGCGAGUCCCUGGGUCUUAGGUCCCUUCCUCGCUCCGUGCCUCUCAGCACCUCGGGUCUGUCCGUGGCCAGAAACCAGCUCUGCAACGUGGACCACCUACUGCGGCCCUUCUCUUCCCUGCAGGAGCUGAGCCUCAGUCACAACCUGCUGGCCCGCUUCCCCCGCGGCCUGCCCUCAAGGCUGGAGUCCCUGCUGCUGCAAGAAAACCGCAUCACUUACAUCACCUCUGGCGCCCUGCGACACCUGGGGAAUCUCACCCUCCUGGAUCUGGAGGACAACCGCAUCCGUGCCAUUCAACCCGGAGCGCUUUUGGGCCUCAGCAAGCUGCAGGUGCUGACUCUGAAGGGGAACAGGCUCACAAGCCUCCCUCUGAACCUUCCUUCUUCACUGACCCAUUUAGAUCUCUCUGAAAAUUGCAUCUCUGUCCUGGACCUGCCCUCGCUGUCCGCCCUGGUCAACCUGCAGGUCCUGAGGAUCAACAGCAACUGCCUGCGCUCCGUCCCGGAGAGCGCCUUCGACAGGCUGCCGCGUCUCAGAUCUGUGGACCUCGCCAACAACCUGUGGGCGUGCGAGUGUGAGAUCCUGUAUCUCUAUCGAUGGCUGCUGAGCGGCCGGCCAAGGACGGCAACAGACCUGGUGUGCACCGAGCCGGUCCAUCUCGUCCACCACCUGCUUCUGAACCUCUCCGUCUUUACCAUCUGUCCUCGGGUCCUGAGGCCAAACGAAAGCAGCCACCAACUGGACCUUAACUCUCCACUGGAAGGAGAGCAGGAGACGCUGGCGGCGAAGCCCACAGGACAGAGCGCAAACAAGAAGGAUUUGGGAAGCUCGGCCAGGCGAGAAUCACAAGAAAGCACAGUUGGACUCAAGAGUCGCGCGUUGCUUAACUACUACUCUUUAGAGACCCUAACCUAUGAGGCGUGUUUAUCCCUGAAUAAAACACAAACAGUCAGCCCACCCCCUUUAAAAAACACUACUCCAACCCCUCCCAUUGAGACACAGAAGGGCAGGGACAACGUCACAGGUCGGACCCCCAAGUAUAAUGCUACCUUGGCCGAAGGGACACAAUCUUUGCUCUCCACAAACACAGAUGUUGUCCGACCCACUCGCAGCACACAGCGGGUCAUGCUGCACGGCUCUGCUGUGGUCGUCUCUCUGCUCGUCGUGUUAUGCGCGUUAGUAAUUCUCCUAAUGCUGUUAGUGCUGUUAUUACUAAGAAAAAUACUUUCGCGCCAACAGAGUGUGGCUCCACUUGAUGUAGGUUCUGGUGGAUGA